AAAACAACACAACACAAGGAACAUUAAAUCAUGCUGCCUUCGCAAGAAGCCUCCAAGAUCUAUCACGACAUUUACAUGCGCAACUCGCGGGCCAUUGGCGUGCUGUGGGCCAUCUUUACCAUCUGUUUCGCCAUCAUCAACGUGGUGGUGUUCAUCCAGCCUUACUGGAUAGGCGACAGCGUAAACACCUCCUACGCCGGCUACUUCGGCCUCUUCCACUACUGCAUGGGUGAGGGAAGCUCGAACCGAGAGCUCAACUGCCGGGGCACGUUCUCCGACUUAAGCUCUAUGCCAUCAGGCGCCUUCAAGGCCGCCUUCUUCUUCGUGCUGCUCUCCAUGGUGCUCAUUCUGAGCUGCAUCGCCUGCAUGGCGCUUUUUUUCUUCUGCAACACCGCUACCGUGUACAAGACGUGCGCCUGGAUGCAGCUGCUCUGCGCUGUGUGUCUGGUGUUUGGAUGUAUAAUUUUCCCGGCUGGCUGGGAUGCAGAGGUGGUUCAGGACUUGUGUGGUGAGGAGUCAGGGAAGUACACGCUGGGAAACUGCUCAGUACGCUGGGCCUACAUCCUGGCCAUCAUCGGCAUUCUGGAUGCACUCAUCCUCUCUUUCCUUGCCUUCGUCCUCGGGAAUCGCCAGAGCGACUUCCUUCAAGAUGAAGUCAAGGCUGACAAUAAAGACUUUGCAGUAUCAAGGCAGCCACUGCACCUGACCUCUACACUCCGAAUGGAUGGUAUUGAGAUCCGUGACACAAAGGAUCCCCGUUUUGGAGUCCAGCGGUUCCAUUAAAGAGACGCCACCUCCACUUCUUUCUUCUAUUCCUUUUUCAUCCCCCGUUUCCUUCUCUCCUUGUCCUCUCAGGUCUGCGUCUCUGACCUCAGUUAGGAAGCUGCUAGCUCAGCUCUUUGUAAUAUAGGACUGGCCUGGAGCACACUUCAAGAGGAGAACCUAUUCUACAUACAUGUUUAAAGAGAAUUCAAAAUCAAGACAAAAAUCAAUUAAAAAAAAUCAGCUUUACAAAUCCAACAACUCUGGGAAAGUGAUGAACCUUACACAGUAUUAUUAUUCUAUAUUAUUACUAUGAUAAUACAAUGUUACAGUGAUAAUUAUGCUUGCAACAGCAGUAUUAAGUUCAAAUUUACAUAUUUUAUCUAAAACGGGAAAAAGCAAUUAUUUCUAGCUUUAAAAGUAUACAUUCUAAUAAUGAAUUAAUGCAUAUGUACAAAUGCUUGGGUGCUACUAGAGACACAGAUGAAUAAAAAAUCAAGCCAAAAAUCAAAUAAAAGAAAAAAAAUGGGCAACAUUUUGUACAGCACAAGAUGUAAUUUUGAAGACCGACUUUUUUUCCUGGAAAAUUUUGAACUCCCUUCUUUGUACACAUGGUCAAAAACCAGAGAUUAGUAUGAGAAAAGAAGUAGUUCAUUUGUAAAUAAUAGAUUUCUAUGGAGACAGGGUACAGACAUAACACAUUUAUUGACCCAAUCUAUAUUCCAGCUCCACCCUGGAGUGGAAAUUUCUCACCAUUUCUUCAUCUCUUGAUCAAAUGGGAACUGUCAGUUCUCAGAGUUUAUAGCUAUCAUGAGGAGGAUAUGUUAAUGUCUGAAGGUUAUACAUUUGUUUUGUCAUGGAACUUUCCAUUCAUAAAGCUUCACUGGUUAUUUAAUCUUGUUUGCCUUUCAUUAUUGUUUUUUUUAAUUAGCCUCUGUAGAACAGCAGGGAGGUGAUAAACAAUGACUAGUAAAAGGACAAUUUUCACAUUCUGGUUACAAUCAUUUCAUUAUUUCCUUAACCUUGCUUGUUAUAAUCCUGUUCCAUUUAUUUUUGUUUGUAUGUUUGUUUCAUAAGUUUUGUCUUGAUAAAAAAAAGCCCUGCAUGCUGCAUUCUACUCAGGCCCGACAUGUGGAGCACUGAUAAGUUGUAUUUCAUCAUUUCCCAGAACCAAUGAUUCAAGCAUCAGUCAACUCAUACAAUUGCACAGCACAAAAUAGAUGACCAAGACGGGUCAACAUAUGAGGUCAAGGAGCAUAUGUUUGUCUUGAAGGGGACACAAGCAGACUGAAAAUUCAUCUCAGUCUUUAGCUUCUAAUCUCAAGUUAGGAAAUUACAAGAAAUGUUUUGUGCACUUCGGCAAUGAGCAAAUCCUGUGCUACAAUCAGUCACAGCUAAAUGAAUCUUUCUAGCUAAAACUCUGCACCACACUUAGUUCAGGACAUUGUGGUGUGGAGUUCACUACAUGUAUGAUUUUCUUUAAUGUAAAGAGAAUAAAUGUAAUGUCAGUUUUGGUCUCAGCCAUGCAGCAAUGUGAUUGAAAGACUGAAUUAUUUUCCAUUUUUGAAAGGGUUUGAUGGAUGAGGUGGUGGACACCAUAGGCAGAAAUGCCAGAUCAGCACUUUGCUCUGAGAUUCUUAACUAAGCAUGGCAAAUAAUUAUGCCAAAUAUAAAGCUUCUGAUGUUGCAGUAUUGAAUCUGGCCUGUCUGUUACAAAGAUACUGAUUAGGGCGUUGAUACCUAAAUCACUGGGGCUGAUUGUGCACUUAAAUACACCAUGUAGAUGUUUCUAUUCAAAAUGUGUUUACAAUGCCAUUAACGGUUGCAUUUUUGUUCUCUGGUCAAUGUUGGUUUUUAAAAUAGCUGUAAUUUCAUUGUCUCUUCUCCCCAAAAUAACCUUUGCACACAUAACACCUUUUGUGCUCCCUGGGCAAAGAAUAUCUUGUACAGAGACUUUUCUUGUGCUCCACAAGAAAGUGUUACCCUUGAUGCUGGAAUAAAUUCUCAGCUCAUACAAAGGACAACACACACACACACUGCACUAACCUAAAGGGAGGGUCUGGAUAGCACUGUGCAGCUCUGUGGUUGGACACUUUUAGAUACAAGAAGCUUGAGAGGGAAAUUCCUCCAUAUGGUGCUUUAUCCCUGUCUCCUUCUCAAUCAGCAUUCUCUCUAUCACCCCAGCCUCAAACACCCCACAGCCCUAUGACCAUGGAGGAGGCAGGGGAUGAAGGGGACAGGAAUACAAUCCGUGAAUGUUAAGGAGAGAAGGGAGCAGUACAAGCAGGACCAAGCAGAACUUUUCCUCAGUGAAUCCUGCAAAAUAGAAGCAAUGAUCCCCUUGUAGAUAUGACAGAGAGCCUCAGAAUCCCUACAUAGCCAUCUUCUCCCCAUUGGCCACGCUCCCUCUCUCUCACUGUCAUCCAUGAAGAAGUAUACAUGCAACUGUGUUUCCUUGGUAAUAUAUGAACAAACAUCAUAGUGGUUUUUGAUCAUGUUUCAUUUUAUGCCUUUUAAGUCUAAAUGCUUUUGUGUUUUAAGCAUAUAAUGGGGUCACAAGUGGUUCUGAGGUUCUGGAGAAUCCCUGUACUGCAGUUUAGUGUGUUUCAUGUUACAGUCCAGCUGAUUUAAACUCAUAAGGCCAGAUACAUCAGACAAAUAGGCUUCUUUUUAUCGUUUAUGACUGUGUCAUAUCAGAGAAAAACUUUUCUUAUUUAAAAAAAAAUGGCAUAUCACUAUUUUGUUAAUGUAUUAACUUUUGAAGCUUUCCAACUACAGUAUAUAUGAUUAAGUGAAGCUAUUUAAAAGUAAGCUUACAUUGUCAUUUUACUUUUUUUGAAAGCAAACUCACCAUUCUUGCCUGUGGUGGCUGGCUUUAAGAUAGCUGAAGAAUUGAUUCAGGAGCAGUAUUAAACACCAGGCUACAGAACAGAGGUCUCCAAACAGUGUGACCUGAGAACCACUGAAAAAAAAAAACAGCAUAUUGUCCUCAGGAGUUUUUAUUGUAGUGGGAGUGAAUGUUUGGAAUUAAAAGCUGAAAGUGAAAGGAAUAAGUUGUAUAUAGAUAUACACUUGGAUUAUUUUUAUUUUGCAAGAUUAAAGGUCAUGCUUUAAACUGCAGUAUUACUGUAUAUGACAAAGAUAUGACACUUUUCAAUCAUGGUAUUAUAUCCUCUUGUCUUGCUCUUAUGAAAAUAACAGCAAGAAAAGAGAACAUUAUACCAUGAUUUGAGAAGAACAAAUGUGUGUAAAGGAGUGAGAGCACAGACGCUCAGUGACGUGGGUUGGCACAAGAUCUAGGUACAAGUCUAAGUCUAAAAAUAUUUAGAUUAAGUUUUUGCUGUGUGGUUCUAAAUGUUGAGAAGGGCAGUUGUUACAUCAAAACUCAUCCAUCAACUGCCUGCAUUAAUCCAUCAAUUCACCUGUAAAAGAAAAAAGUGAACAAAAAUGCAAAGUUGUUUUUAUGUUUGUUCAUUGUCUUAUAUACCAAAUUUGUUGUAAAGUCCAAAAAGUAGUCUGCUGUCAAAACCUGAUUACAAUUUUAAAGCAUGUACAUACCCCCGUGCUGCUAUCUCCUUUAGUAUGUACUGAACGAUUGGAGCUUUUAUUACUGAACAAUGAUGUUAUCUUCUUUGAGGUAAACAAAUCAGCAUUUCACUUGACCGUUUCCUACCUGAAAUUCAGUGGAUUCUGAAUUUGUUCACACAAUAAUGUUCUGACCACUAACUAUUUGGAGAACAGUUUUAUUUCUCGCCAUUAAUUCUGCUUCUGUGUGUAAUUAUAUGCAAUCAAUAUCGAGAUGGAGGAGAUGCAAAUGGAACAUUUUCACGUCUUAACAUUGGCCCUGAAGUACUGCAGCUGCUGUGCUGCUGUGUAUCAAUAGCAAUCACAAUGUCAGUGUCUGAUCAAAAACAAUCCUUUCACACAGCUCAUCAUUAUGUAUACAAUUGGAGAAAAGUCUUCAGUCUUGGGAAAGUUAUUAAUCUGUUCUUAACUGUUGUCACUUUCCAUUUCCCUUCUAUCUAUAAUGCAUUUUCUGACUUUCUUUGCAAAAUUUUGCUUGGAAAAGAUGUGCCAAACCAAACUGAGCAGACUGCUGUGGACAGAUUUGACUGAUUUUUUUUCUUUCAAUAUGUAUUUUUUUCCCUGUGCAAGUGUUGAAUGCGUUCUGUUGGAGUUUUGUUUUUUUGGUCUAACUGUAAAUGUUCUUUUUAAGCUGAUAUUUUCUGGUAUGCUGCGAUGUCUCUUCAUACGAUGAAAAAUGUUAUUUGAAUGUUUCUGCAAGAUUGCCAUGGGGAGUGUAAAAUGACUGACAUCGUCACCGCCACUUACACGUUGUUGGUGUUGUUUUAAAAGAUGAAAAAAAA